GUGUGUUGGCUCAGGAAAAUAUUCCAGAUGACCAGUAUGCUCAUGGCUUCUCUUACAUCGCUGCCUCCUAUGUCAAAUUCCUGGAAGGAGCCGGGGCUAGGGUUGUACCUGUGAGAAUCAAUCGCACAGAAGAAGAAUAUGCACAUAUAUUUAACGCGAUAAAUGGGUUGUUGCUUCCGGGAGGAGAUGUAAAUAUUCAGACAUCACAAUACAGUCGAGCAGCUAAGAUCUUUUACGACUUGGCUCUAAAGGCCAAUGAUGCUGGGGACUACUUCCCUAUCUGGGGAACCUGUCAGGGCUUCCAGCAGCUGUCUGUCCUCACUGCCAAUAAAAACCUGCUGACCAUCACUGAUACCAAGGCAGUGGCUCUCCCUCUUACUCUCACACCAGGUAGUCUCUCCUUUCACUCUUUCAGCCGGUCUGUGCUCUUUUUGUUCACUCUUCUUCUGCAGCAACUCUUCUUGUCACUCUUCUCAGAUUAGUUGUCUCAGCAUCCAUUACUUUCAUUUUUUAGGUUUUUACACAUGCAUUGAAUAACCUCUUAAGCCCUGAGCCUGUUUCAGGCUCGAACAUGCCACUAACACAACAAAGACUAUAUCUUCACUUCUAAAAGGGGUAAAUUAAUAAUCUUUUCUCUCAAAGCAAGGUUACAUCUGUGAGUUGGA